ACAAUAAUCUGACCACUGCUGAACACACUAUUUCUUAUUGAACCAUGGAGGAUAAUAGCAAAGCGAGCGUAGUGAAAAAGCUCCAAGCUGUGAAGCAGAAGAACGGCAAGUCGUACAGUCAGUUAGCGGAGGAAACCGGACUGACCAACGUGUAUGUUGCCCAGCUCCUCAAAAGACAAGCUCAGCUCAAACCCCAAACUGCCCCUAAGUUCCGGGCAGCCCUCCCCGAGCUGACCGAUGAUCUUUUGGAAGAGAUGAUGAGGCCUCCCUUGAGGUCUUAUGACCCUCACCUCAUCCAAGACCCCACUGUAUACAGGUUGAAUGAAGCUGUUAUGCAUUUUGGGGAGAGCAUUAAAGAAAUAAUCAAUGAAGACUUUGGUGAUGGGAUCACGUCAGCAAUAGAUUUCUACUGCUCAGUUGACAAAGUCAAGGGAGUAGAUGGGAAAGAUCGUGUGGUCCUGACAUUUGAUGGAAAAUUUUUGCCAUAUUCGGAGCAGAAAUCAGAGCACAUGGUUUCAAGACAAAGGCCACACAGAAAUUAAUGAGUGCCGCGAUGCUUCAACCGAUACCAAAAUUGUCCGUCUUUCCGCACAGACAUUCCUCUCUGCCUGUGUUUCGUAUCACUUUUUGUUCGCUGUUGUCUUGUUUGUGUGGCUUAUAUGUGUUAAAGCCAGAAUAAAAGGUAUGUCCUAAACAAUUUUGGGUGUGGCUCUAGCUUGACCCAAAAUAAAUAAUGUACAAGUUUUUAGACUAGCCAACUUGGCCGUGUAUGGCUUUUGGGAUUCAUGGCGUUUGUAUCUUAAUUCUUAAGUCUUUUAACAGUAAACAAGCUUUUAUUGAAGUCAAGGAAACUUAAAAAUGUUCAUCCUUA